GGCAGGGGUGGCAGGGAGAGAGAGCAGGAGCUGUGGCAACGGGAGUGUAGGCAGAUAGCAUACAGGCAUGGGCUUGGGCUGGCUGUACGAUGCCGAGAGCGAGCCGAGGGCGCUGUUCUUCCUCUCGAUGAUCCUGGUCAUCGUCGUUGUUCUAGGCGCAGGAGUGGCGGCGGCUGGCUACGCCACUGAAGCCAUGGCUCGUAGAUCGUGCCUCUUCCUUGGAUUGCAGAAUGUGGGCGCCGCGGUGUUCUACUCGCUCACGUUGGCGGUCUUCACCGUCCAGCUCAACUACCACGCAUACAUCGACAUGCUCGCCGACGUGGGUCAAGUCCUCUUCCUUUGGGCUGUCAUCUUCCGAUCAUAUCGGCUCACCAUUGUCUUUGAUGUCCUUGCCCAGCAGGCGGCGUCGGCCAGCGCGCCGCCGCCUCCGCGGCUGAUGAUCACUGCCGACACUGCGGUGCGGCGGCAGACGCCGCCGUUUGAUAAUCAAGCCCUGGGUGCCCCCAAGACAGUCAACACCGGCUCAGUGGCGGCGGUGGAUUCGUUUAUGGCACACGACAUGCCCGGGCCAGGUAGCGCCAGGUCAGACAACGUGCCGCACGGCGACGACGAGGUGCGCUCGGUUGUCUCCAACGCCGAGUCUGUCCACUCGGAAGUCCUCGCUGCUAUAGCCUCGCCGUUUGUCUCGCAGCCGACGGUCCAGCCUGCGUCGGCCGAGCGGCUGCCGUGGGGUCCAUCGGAGCGGACGCGGCUGCUCUCGACGGCGUCGCUGACAUCGACGCUGCUCGGCUCGUCGAUGGACGGUGGCGGCGAGUCGGGCAAGCGGCUGUCAAACGUCUGGCUGCUCAAGCGGUACGUGCUGUGCGUCAGCAUUUGGGUUGCCUUUGCCUGGGCAUGGAAUCUGGUUGAGCAAAUAGACGCGAACGAGACGGUGCUUGUCGAUGUCAAGAUCGCGCUGGGCGUCUUGUCCGGCGUCGUGUACACGGCCAUCUUUGGCUACUGCCUGUUCAUUCUGCGGUCUGUCGACCGCAAGUUCACCCAGUCGAAGGAGCUGGUCAUCAUGGCGCUUGUCUGCAUCAUGACGCGGGUGGCCAUCAUCUGGAAAGUCUCGUCGCGGUCGUCAUUCGACACCUUUCAGGCCAUUCCGGUCUACAUUCUCCUUGGCUCGCUCACCUUGUACAUCCUUGUCUCGUCGCUCUAUCCAGCAAUUCUUGUCGUCCGCGAGCUGACCUGCCUACGCGCCGCAGGCUCAUACCACUUCAUGCAGCUGUACGACUCGAAUGAGGCAUCGCCCGCGACGUCGAUGCGGGCCCGGCGGGCGCCGCUGUUUGAGGCGCGCCUCCGGCACCACGACGUCCACACGGUAGCAUCGCUCUCGAAGAAACGCUAGGUCUCACCGUCAGCGGCAGCAGCAGCAGCGUCGUAGGCG